AAUUCUGUCAUCGCAAGCAACAAAACAAACCCCUGGUUUCGCUCUCUUCUUCCUCUUCCCUCUCAUUCCUACUCCAGCAAUCUUCUCCAUCCCCCUCCCCUCCCCCCUGAUUAAAGGGCCGCUCCCGCAUCUUCUUCCCUGUCCCGCCUCUCGGGGAAGCCUCUGCUUUCUACCUAGCCGAGCAAGUUGGCGCCCAUGGUGGGCGCGAGGCAUGGGCGGCUUCUUCCUGUGGCGGCACUCCUUGUGGCCACCUGCUUCUCCCCUCUCUUGCUACCGCCGGCGGCCGCCGUCGACGAGCUGGAUGGGAGUGGGAGGGAGGCUCAGCGGAACACCGAGCGCAUCUCAGGAAGUGCUGGUGAUGUUCUAGAAGACAAUCCUGUUGGCAAGUUGAAGGUUUUCGUCUACGACUUGCCAAGCAAGUACAACAAGAGGCUUGUCACCAAGGAUCCCCGAUGCCUCAACCACAUGUUUGCCGCUGAGAUAUUCAUGCACCGUUUCUUGCUCUCUAGUGCAGUGAGGACGGUUAACCCUGAAGAGGCCGAUUGGUUCUAUGCUCCUGUUUACACUACUUGUGAUCUAACUCGUGCUGGACUUCCGUUACCGUUCAAGUCUCCAAGGAUGAUGAGAAGCGCGAUCCAGUUCAUUUCAAAGAGGUGGCCUUUCUGGAAUAGAACUGAUGGAGGAGAUCAUUUCUUUGUCGCUCCACAUGAUUUUGCGGCAUGCUUUCACUAUCAGGAAGAGAAUGCUAUUGCGCGUGGAAUUCUUCCGUUGCUACGCCGUGCUACAUUGGUUCAAACAUUUGGACAGAAGAAUCAUGUUUGCUUGAAAGAGGGAUCUAUUACUAUACCACCAUUUGCGCCACCACAGAAAAUGCAGGCUCACUUAAUUCCUCCUGAUACUCCCCGCUCAAUCUUCAUUUACUUCAGAGGUUUGUUCUAUGACAAUGGGAACGACCCUGAGGGUGGGUAUUACGCAAGAGGUGCUCGAGCUUCAUUGUGGGAGAACUUCAAGAAUAAUCCUCUGUUUGAUAUCUCCACCGAACACCCUGCCACCUACUAUGAAGAUAUGCAGCGCUCCGUCUUCUGCUUAUGCCCGUUGGGGUGGGCGCCAUGGAGUCCUAGGUUGGUGGAGGCUGUGGUUUUUGGCUGCAUUCCAGUCAUCAUAGCUGACGACAUCGUGCUGCCUUUCGCCGAUGCAAUCCCUUGGGACGAAAUUGGUGUUUUUGUUGAUGAGGAGGAUGUGCCAAAGCUUGAUUCAAUUCUCACGUCGAUUCCGAUUGAUGAUAUCCUAAGGAAGCAAAGAUUGCUCGCCAACCCAUCAAUGAAGAAGGCCAUGCUGUUCCCGCAGCCAGCGCAACCUAGAGAUGCAUUCCAUCAGAUUCUAAAUGGCCUUGCUCGCAAACUCCCGCACCCAGAGACCAUAUACUUACAGCCAGGUGAGAAGCAUCUCAACUGGACAGCUGGGCCUGUUGGAGACUUGAAGCCUUGGUAACAUAAAAGCUUCCUUGUAAGACCUGGCUUUCUUGAUCUUGUGAAAAGUUCUGUUUCUUUUAUUACCUUUCUCUAAGAAGUCCGAAGAUCCAUAGAAUUAUACGAUAUUGAAGUGUGUUAUAUCCUCUGAUGUCACUCAACUAAAAAUAGAGGAUCUUACGUAACCGGUUGUAACGUUGUAAUUGUAUUAAUUGUAUAAAGAAGUAAAGAAAUGAAAUGAGUGUUCUUGUCA